GCUGGAAAGUCCAAUUAUUGUUAAUGGCAGGUAUUUGUAUGUAUCAGUGUAUUAAGUUAGUGUUAGCGAACUAUUUACGGUAAAAUAAAACCGGGGACGUGGUUUCAAAGUCACCUCGAGGAUUAAACAAAGCGGCGGAGCCGAACCAGAGGACCCCCGAGUGUCAUUGUAACGUUAGCUUAACCGUUACCGACAUGUGCCCGGUAUCAACAGACUGAAACUGAGAAGGAAGGCGCGUGGGGGGCGAUGUCGGCUCACUCUUAACGUCUGUCUGGGAGCCACGACCCCACCGCCUCUACACACACAGCACACACCGCUCAAUGGGACGGGAGGAGAGAAGAAGUUUAGCUAGUUUGGACAGAAACUCUUAAGCGGUCUCCCCGGUAACGGAAAUGAUUUCUCCAAAAUUCUCCGCGUCGGCUUUGCUGUUAUUUAUAGUCGCCGCCAUUCAAGUCAACGGCUCCCCGAAACUAAAUAUUCCCAAAGUGUUGCUACCGCUCACCAAAAACACGAGAAUCAACUUCACGUUGGAAGCUACUGAAGGCUGCUACCGAUGGUCUUCCACCAGACCGGAAGUAUCAAGCAUCCAGGCUCUUGAUGAAGAGGGCACCGGAAGCUGCUCCCGGAGAGCUGUUCUCCAGGCUCUCUCCACCCAUUCCUCCAGACUGACCAGCAUCAUUCUGGCCGAAGAUGUUGUUACAGGACAUGUACUGCGGUGUGACGCCAUUGUCGACAUCAUCAGUGAAAUCCAGAUCGUGUCGACCACCAGAGAGCUACAUCUUGAGGACUCACCGCUGGCACUCAAAAUUCAUGCACUGGAUUCUGAAGGAAACACCUUCAGCUCUCUGGCUGGUCUGGUGUUCGACUGGACCUUAGUGAAGGAUGUCGAUGUGAAUGGAUUCUCGGACUCUUACAAAUCACUACGGGUACUUAAAUUCUCCGAGUCCACCUACAAACCCCCUGGAUACAUAUCUGAGAUGGAGCGUGUUGGGAAACAAGGCGAUAUUAUUUUGGUGUCGGGACAGAAAACGGGACACGCUAAAUUGAAGGCCAAAAUAGAAGAGCCAUUGUAUAAGGAUGUGGGUGCUGCGGAAGUCCGACUCUUGAUUUUAGAGAACAUCCUGCUGAGUCCCGCGUACGACGUCUACUUGCUGGCGGGAACGUCCAUCCGAUACAAAGUCAUGAAGAUACGACAGGGCACGAUGACAGAGCUCUCGAUGCCUUGUGAUCAGUAUGAACUGCACGUUCAGAACAGUGCGAUCGGCGCUCACGGAAACCCGGACGUUGCCGUGGCCAGUCUGGAUCAAAGCAGCUCCACCAUUACAGCCAUUCAACUGGGACACAUCAACGUGGUGCUGGAUCACAAGAGCCUUCGAAUGCAAGGAGUGUCUCGCCUACCCAACACCACGCUGCAUGUGGUUGAACCGGGCUACCUAGGUUUUAAAAUUCAUCCAGGCGACAGCUGGGUUCUCGAGACGGGCAGAGUUUAUGACGUCCUCGUCGAAGUCUUUGAUAAAUCCGGCAACAAAAUGUACCUCUCUGAUAAUGUCCGCAUCGACACUGGUUUCCCCUCCGAGUACCUGGAGCUCCUGCAGUCCUCUGUGAAUGGAUCGUACCAUCGCGUCAAAGCGCUCAAAGAAGGCCUGACUCUGAUUGACGCAACCCUCCAAGCUGUCGUGGAUGAAACUGGAGGGAUCCAUGAACUCGCCAACCCGGUCCACAAUGAACAGGAUGUCGAAAUCUACAACCCCAUCAUUCUUAGUCCCAGUAUUCUGACAUUUCCAUGGCAACCCAAGGUUGGAGCGUAUCAGUACACAAUACAGGCCACUGGAGGCAGCGGAAACUUCAGCUGGUCCUCCUCCAACGCGGCUGUAGCCACGGUGACCGUGAAAGGCGUGAUGACCACAGUGAGCGACGUGGGCGUCGCCGUGGUUUAUGCUCGCGAUCUACGCAACUCGCUGCACUUCGGCCAGAUGAAGGUCUACGUUGUCGAGCCCGUGGCCAUGGACUUCGCUCCUUGCCCAGUAGAGGCCCGGGUGGGCCUGGUUCUGGAUCUGCCCCUCAGGAUCUUCGGCCUCCUGGAGGAGGCGGGGAAUGAGCGCGUCAUGUUGAGCGACUGCUCCCACUUUGACCUGCAGGUGGAGGAGGAGAACCACGGCGUCUUCCAGCUGCUCGACGGGAGGCUGGCUCCGGGCCAGGAGGACUGCAGUGGGGUGAGGGCCAAGGCCCUGGCCCCCGGCUACACCAUCCUCACUGUGAGCUACACCCACGGCAACGUUCACCUCAGCGUCAAGAUCACCAUCGCUGCCUAUCUCCCCCUCAGAGCGAUCGACCCCGUGUCCGUGGCCGUGGUGACUCUGGGCUCCUCUAAAGACAUGCUGCUUGAGGGCGGGCCCCGGCCCUGGGUCUUAGAGCCCUCCAAGUUCUUCUGCAACUUGAGCGCCGAGGACGAGGCCAGCGUGAGCCUCGCUCUGACCACCCCUUCAUCGCACAACUACAACCAGCACUGGGUCAGAGCGACCUGCCGGGCUCUGGGGGAGCAGGUGCUGGAGGUGACGUUGGGAAACAAGGCCAGCGUGACCAAUCCUUAUCCUGCCGUGGAGCUGGCGGUGGUUAAGUUUGUGUGCGCAAUCCCGUCUCGCCUCACCCUGGUCCCAGUUUAUUCCAACCCACAGCUGGACCUGACCUGCCCGCUGCUGCAGCAGAACAAACAAGUGGUGCCCGUUUCAAAUUACCGUAAUCCCAUUUUGGACUUGGCUGCUUUUGAUCAACAAGGAAGGAAGUUCGACAACUUCAGCUCUCUGAGCGUUCUGUGGGAAUCGAGCGUGGCGUCGCUGGCCAGCAUCGAACCCACGCUGCCCAUGGAGCUGCAGCCGGUCGAGGAUGACCACAAGCAGAUGAAACUUCACGGGCGACAGACGGUUCUUGUCCACCAUCAAACGGGCAGAGCCACCAUCGCGGUGACGGCUCUGGGUUACCAGGCCUUACACCUCGCAGCAGCCAAAGUACCCAGUCCAUACGGCACCUUGACCCCUGUGUCGGCCACUCUGGACCUGCUAUUGGUUGAAGAUGUGAAGGUUUCUCCCGGCGUAGUUACCAUAUAUAACCAUCCAGAUGUGUGGGUGAACUUGGCCCUGCGAGAAGGCUCGGGGCACUUCUUUGUCAACACCAGCGUGAAAGGGAUCGCCAACGUGGCGUUCCAGGAGGCCCAAGGAAUGGCGCAGGUCUCUCCCGUCCACCCGGGGGAGGUGACGGUGGUGGUUCAUGACCUUUGUCUGGCAUUUCCAGCGCCUGCCAAAGCCACGGUGCACGUUUCUGACAUCCUGGAGGUUUACGUGAGAGUCGUUGACAAGGUGGAGAUCGGCAAAUCUGUGAAAGCUUAUGUCAGAGUCUUGGACGACAAUAAGAAGCCCUUCCCAGCCAGCUAUUUCCGUUUCAUGAACCUCAAACUCAAGGCGGGUUCUGCCAUCGUCUCUCUAAAACAUUUAGUGGAGCCCACGGAAAUCGAUUCUGCUGUUUUCGUGGUGAAAGGUGUUUCCAUCAGUCAGACCACUCUAUCGGCUGUGGUAGUGGAUACAAAUGGCAGAAAAAUUGCAUCUGCACCUCAGCCCAUUGAGGUAUUUCCACCUUUCAAACUCAUCCCGAGGAAGAUCACCCUGCUGAUUGGAGCAAUGAUGCAAAUCACAUCUGAAGGCGGCCCUCAGCCUCAGUCCAACAUCCUGUUCUCUAUGUUCAACGAGGAAAUAGCUUCCGUCAAUGGCAUCGGCCACGUCAGGGGCGUUACCAUUGGGAACGUCACCGUGACCGGACUGGUCCAAGCUGUCGAUGCAGAAACCGGCAAACUGGUCGUCGUGUCUCAGGAUCAAGUGGAAGUUGAGGUCGUGCGAUUGACAGCCAUUCGAAUCAGAGCACCGAUCACAAGAAUGAAGACAAAGACACAGAUGCCUGUGUAUGUGAUGGGUCUGACUAAUAGUCAAACGCCCUUCUCCUUUGGCAACGCCGUGCCUGGCCUCACCUUCACCUGGUCCACCACCAAGAGAGACAUUUUGGAUGUCCAGCCAAGACACAUUGAGGCCAACGUGGAGCUGCAGGCGGAGCACAACUUCGGCAUGACGGUGACCGGGAGAACGAGAGGGCGCACGGGGCUGAAGGUGGUGCUCAGAGUGACUGACCCCCAUGCCGGGCAGCUGGUUGGGCAUCUACUGGAGCUCAUGGAUGAGAUCCAGAUCCAGGUCUAUGACAACCUUCACAUGCUGAAUCCCGAAGUAGAGGCCGGGGAGUUGCUGAUGGCUCCAAACUCGGCCCUCAAACUCCAAACCAGCAGGGACGGCGCCGGUGCACUCUCUUACCGGAUGCUGGAUUUCCCCGACCAGGCUGUGAUCGCUCAAGUGGACGAUAAGGGCUUCCUCUCCUCUGGCUCUCUUACUGGCAUCUCCUCCCUCCUGAUCACCUCGCAGGAGACCUUUGGUUUCAAUCAAACUCUCAUCCUCGCUUUGAAGGUGGUCCCCGUGUCCUACGUGCGCUUCAGUACCAGUCCCGUGCUCUACACGCACACCCGGGAGAGCCUGAAAGCCUUGCCCCUGGGCAUAGUGCUCACCUUCACUGUCCACUUUCACGCCAGCACGGGAGACGCCCUGCACAGCUCCAACUCCCACCUCACGUUCUCCACAAACAGAGAUGACUUGCUGCAGGUGGGGGUUGGGCCCGGUAACCACACUCUGACCGUGAGGACGAUCAAUGUGGGCCUCACUCUUCUGGCCGUGUGGGACAGUGACAACGUGGGUGUGGCGGACUACGUUCCACUUCCUGUCGGGCACGCCAUUCACCCGGAUGAGGCCCACAGGCUGGUGGUGGGGGACGUGGUCUGCUUCAGCGCCCAGUUAACCAGCCCGGAGGGGGGUCAAGGGACUUGGAGCUCCUCGGCUAACGGCGUUCUUCAGGUGGACCCUCAAAGUGGUGCGGCAGUAGCCAGAGACUCGGGGACCGUUUCUGUGUACUACGAGAUACCUGGCGUUAUGAAAACAUACAGAGAGGUCGUAGUGGAAGCGACGACGUGGACGGCUGCGGCGGCGCAGGCUGCGCCCGUCAGGAUCGGCAAGGAAACGAAAGUCCUCCUCGCCACCAGGGGGACGGGAACCAACCUCAUCGGAACCUGUUCCCCGGCCCAGACCGAAGCCAUCUCACAGCUGCAGCCUGAGACCUCCGUCGGCUGCCACCUCGGCUUCAGCAGCGAUGCGAUCGACUUCCCCGCCAACGACGUCUUCAAAACACACACCAGCUUUGACUCCGGCGUUGGCUCCUACACCUGCUCCAUCACCCUGCAGCCGAUGACGGACGCGCGGACCCGUGCGCUCAGCAUGUCCCGGUCCAGCCUGCUGGUGAGGGGCGGCCCGGAGGGCGGCGCCUUCUCCGGGGAACAGGUCGGCGCCAGUUUGCCCAUCGAGCCGGGCCUCUACUCCGACCAGACGGAGCUGGUGCUCUCAAACCUCCACCCGUCGGCCGAGCUCAUCGUCUACGGCCCCGCCGCCGCCCUGUCCAACAUGGAGGUGGUGUCUGCUUCUCCCAACAUCGCCGUCCAAGAGAAGGAAGUACAGCAAAGCUUCCCCAGUUUCUCAAAGUACACGAUCAGCGCCGUGGACCCUCAGGCCGCCGUCUCCGCCUCCAUUUCCAUCGGCGGCGGCUCCUGCGGCCAGAGCAUCGUCAUCCCGGUCACGUUGAUCCAAGUGGCCGAUCCCAGCGCCGCCAAGCCGGUUGUUCACACUGAGGGGGGCCACUCCCUGCACAGUUUUAUAAACUGCUACCAGAUGAUGUUCUUCACCCUGUUUGCUCUGCUGGCCGCGACAGCCAUCGUCAUCAUCGUCCUCCACACGGUGUUCAGCCCAAGGGACCACGGGUUCCAACCUGGCUUCAUGCAGAGGACCCCUGUGCCACUCAUGCCAGGUCUGGGCUCUCCGGGAAUGAAUUCCUUCAACCACUCGAUACCGAGGACGCCCCCCGGUAGCAGCCCCAGGUCGCGUCUCUAUUCUCCAGACUACAAGUCCUGAUGACGCUCCCUGUCUGGUCUCUAUUCUUCAAAAGCAGACUCACCACAGACCCACCACAGACCACCACAGACCACCAGUGCAUACUGAAUAUGCCUCUGUGGGACGUGACUGCAGAACCACUCGCACGUUGGUGCGGACGCAGCGAAGGAACUCAGAAUAUCAGAUCGGGGCUUUUUUCCCUCUGUGUGCCUGUGUGUAUAUUUUUGCGUGUGGAAACAGAUUUAUAUCGUUGUGUAUGUCUUUGUUUGUGGUUUUAUAUUUACAAAACUGCUCCAUUUAUUAACUGACAUAUUUUGGAGAAAGAAGAAGGAGACCCACUAGUUUGAUUGAGUUGUUGUUGUUUAUUUGUGUGGAUGGCGUGUGGCACCUCAGGGGAACCUCGUCCGCCUACGACUCAAAACAUUCACUUGAAAGUGUUUAGUUUUUUAAGAGCAGAAAAACACACUUUGUUUAGUUGUAGCCGAUUGGGUGGAGCCGAUUAACUCCGCCCUCCUCACAGAUGGAGCGCCUUCAGAUGUGCACGAAGCUAACCGAGAACAAAGGUUGGUUCAUUGUUGUUGUUGUUUUACGGGCAUUUGAUUACAGAACACUGUGUUUUUUCUUCUUUCAUUUUGAGCCAUAACGCACCGCACGUCUAACUCGACGUGAACCCGUCGCUCAGCUUUUAUCCCGGCGUUCAACACGUGACGCGGCGACCUUCCCGAAGGGAAACGUUUGUUUUGAUUUCAAACGCCGUCCGACUCCUGAAGUGUUUGUUAUUCGACAAAGAAUCGUAUUUAUGUUCGCUCGUGAAAUUCAGUUUUACUGCAGGAUGAGAAUGUGAACCCCAUGAUUUCAGUGCAUUGUUUUUGAUCGUCUUAACAAUCAUAUCUGAGCAGCUUUCAGCGCACACUCCACAUGUGAGUGAGAAUGUGAUUUUGCCUUUUUGCCAAUUAAAGUUUGGACUUUUCACGUUCA